CUGUGUUGCAAUAGAAUAGACCUUUUCUAAAGUGCAGGAACUCUUUGGUUUGUAGUUUUCUACCCUCCAGUCCCUUUUUUCACAGAUCAUUGUGCCAAGCCCUCAUUAUGCCAUCCCUUCGCCUUAUCUUCCUCACCACUCUCCUUGUGGUCCUGAUGGCCGUGCUGACCUCCAGUGCCAGAACCACACGCUGGCCCAAACCUCAGAGCACCAAGAAGCCCCCUCGAGCCGGGGGCAGUGGUGGAGGAUAUGGACGGACCACCACCACGACCAUGUCCCCUUCCAGCAGCCUGCACACAGAUGAGACAACUGAGGUCAUGAUGGACGCUUACUCCUUGUCCCCAACGGACAGUACCACCUACCCCAGCGACACUUAUCCCACUGAGUUCCACACCGAUGCCAUAGCACCCCCUGGGAACACCCAUGGAAACUAUACCCUUGACUACAACGAAUGCUUCUUCAACUUCUGUGAGUGCUGUCCACCAGAAAGAGGCCCUGUUGGGCCCAUGGGAGAGAGAGGGUUGCCGGGACCACCAGGAGAGAGGGGCCCUCCAGGGUUGCCAGGAGAGAGGGGAGAAACAGGGCCAAGAGGACCUCCAGGACCAGCAGGACUACCUGGAGCCAAUGGACUCAAUGGCGACAUAGGUGAUAAAGGCGAUCCAGGACCUGUGGGUCUUCCUGGUAUCCCUGGGAUCCCAGGAAAACCAGGAGAAAAAGGUGAUCCUGGCCCCAGAGGAGAGAAAGGUGAACGUGGCUUCACUGGUCUGAAAGGAGACCCGGGAGAAAGAGGAGAGCCUGGCCUGAAUGGGACUAAGGGCAGCAUUGGGAGAGAGGGGCCUAUGGGGCCCCCAGGGAUACCUGGGACAAAGGGUCAGAAAGGUGAACAAGGACUAACAGGCGAGUGUUUACCAGGUGAGAAAGGAGAGAAAGGUGACUUGGGCGAGCGUGGGCCCCCUGGUCUGAGAGGUGAGACGGGCCCCCCAGGAGUCAAUGGAACCGACGGUGCGAAGGGGGAGAGAGGGGAGCCAGGGUCUCCAGGUGGGAAGGGGGACACUGGGGCGAGAGGGCCCCCAGGACCUCCUGGAGGGAGGGGUAUGAUGGGGCUGAGGGGCGAAAGGGGGCCCAAAGGUAGUCGUGGGGCUAGGGGCCCUAAAGGCUCACCAGGUGAGAGUGUGGAGCAAGUUCGCUCUGCCUUCAGUGUGGGGCUGUUCCCCAGCAGGUCCUUCCCUCCACCCGGGGCGCCUGUGAAGUUUGAUAAGGUGCUUUACAAUGGGGAGGGGCACUGGGACCCAACACUUAACAAGUUCAACGUCACCUACUCAGGGGUGUACUUAUUCAGUUACCACAUCACUGUGCGCAACCGGCCUGUACGUGCUGCCCUGGUGGUUAAUGGGAUACGGAGGCUGCGGACUCGGGAUUCUCUGUACGGCCAAGACAUCGAUCAGGCCUCCAAUCUUGCGCUGCUGCAGCUGACUGAAGGCGACCAGGUGUGGCUGGAGACACUGAGAGAUUGGAACGGAAUUUACUCCAGCACUGAGGACGACAGCACUUUCUCCGGCUUCUUGCUUUACCCAGACUCAAAGGCCAAACCUGAUCCUGUUGAAAACCUGUGACCUUUGACCACGAAUGAGCUCUGAUUUUUAACUUCUUGUAGACUCUGCACAACCUUCAACCUAUUGCACUGCUCUGUCAAAUGUAAUGUAAUUCAGCUGAACACCGCUGCUUCAGUAUCCGCUUGCUGCUGUCGUGCUAAUCAAACCAAAUGCUUUGCUUUGUCCUGCUGUAUGUGGAGAUAGAUGAGGCUUGAUUAUACUGCUGUAUGCAACACUUCAGUUCUUUCUAACAAUGCAUUAAAAAUGACUCUGCUUGAAA